CACAGAGCAGGACCUGCCUCUGUUUGCUCUAUCUGCUGCAGAAGCUCUAGUCCCGACCUUAGCUACAAAGGCAGCGCCACCCGAGCAGAGAAAGGGGAUUAAAGACUCCGCUGUAUCGUAGCUUGCAUGGGUCGCUCCUAUUUCCCCCCCUUUGUUUUCAUCCAACAGAACCACAGCACAGGCAUAGCAGAUCUCCACAACACCGGCCUGUGAUACCUCCUGGGGACACCUCGCCACCUCAAAGCAGGAUAACCGGACUCGUCUUCUGCGGACAUGCAGAAGACGAGCAAGUAUGCGUCUGCGUAUACCACAUAGGGGAGGAGGCUCAUGCCCGCGGUAGUGUGGUCAGGGCCAGCGGAGGAUGAGCCCGGCCGUGGAGGAGCAGGCCCGGGAGGACAAGGAGAAGCAGCUGAACCAGCAGCAGCAGCAGCAGCAGCUCUACAUGGAGAAGGGGGUGAUGCUCGAGCCCUUCAUCCACCAGGUGGGGGGGCAUUCGUGCGUCCUGAGCUUCGGGGAGCAGACCAUCUGCAAGCCCCUCAUCCCCCGAGAGCAUCAGUUCUACAAGAGCCUGCCUGCAGAGAUCCGGGAGUUCACCCCCCAGUACAGAGGUGUGGUGUCGGUGAGCUUCGAGGAGGAUGUUGAAGGGAACCUUUGCCUGUUCGCCUACCCCCUCAUGAGCGACCCAGCAGGAGAGCAGGAGAACAAGGACUGGUCGACCGACUGCAAGCACAAGAGCCAGCUGAUAAAGUGGGGUAAUAUGGUGAAGUCCUCACUGCUCAUGGACAUUAAAGAUGACCGAAGCCACCACGCACACAAAGACGAGGACAAGAGUGUUCACAAGCUGCAGGAGGAUGUGGACCUGGCAUGGCUGCCGCAGGCCGGGGUUCUCCCCUCCAGUCAGGAGCACCCUCACAGUAACGCUGUCCCGCAGCCCAAACACAACCCCUGGAGUCUCAAGUGUCACCAGCAACACCUACAGAGGAUGAAGGAGAACGCCAAGCACCGCACCCAGCACAAAUUCAUCCUGCUAGAGAACCUGACAUGGAAGCACAGAAUGCCGUGCGUGUUGGACCUGAAGAUGGGCACGCGGCAGCAUGGAGACGAUGCCUCGGAGGAGAAGAAGGAGAUGCAGAUUCGCAAGUGCCAGCAGAGCACUUCAGCGUCAAUAGGAGUCCGUCUGUGUGGCAUGCAGGUGUACCAGUCCGACACGGGCCAGCUGAUUUUCAUGAACAAGUACCACGGCCGUAAGCUGCCCCUGCCUGGCUUCAAAGAGGCUCUGUUCCAGUUCUUCCACAGCGGACAGCGUCUGCAACAUGAGCUCCUCUCCCCGGUGCUGCUCAGGCUCAAGGAGAUGCAAGCUGUCCUGGAAGCCUGCGAAUCCUACCGCUUCUACUCCAGUUCUCUGCUCAUUAUCUACGAUGGCGCGCCCCACCGUAAACAUACGCGCCGGCGCUCUAAGGUUCAACACUCUGACGGAGAAGAUGAUAAUGAGGAAAAUGAGGAGGUGGAGGCUGAGCCCGAAUUGGAUGAGCUGGAGGAGGAGGAGGAGAGCGAAGUAGCAGGUGCGCUUGGUUUCCCCUACGGCCCCUCGGCGUCUAGUGACAUCGGCAGCAGGUGCUCCAGCAGCAGCAGUGAGAGCUCGGAUGUCAGCGUGUCCCCCUCGGACCCCCUCGGCCCCGUUGUGGAUGUGAAGAUGAUAGACUUUGCCCACACCACCUGCAGACAUUUCCCGGAGGAUAGCGUGGUGCACAAGGGCCAGGACAGCGGCUACAUCUUCGGCCUCCAGAACCUGAUCACCAUCAUCUCUGAGCUGGAGAACCACAGCACAGACCGAAGCCAGGCAUGACACACAAAUUCAGAAACAGAGGGACAAUAACACCGAAAUGUGGAAGAACCAGACUUUUACUUAUAGUCUCUCUCUGUGUGUCUGUCUGUCCGUCUGCCUGCUGCUAUCUCUGAUCCCAGAGCUGCAGGAUCCAGACGAUUAUUGUUAUUAUGUAAA